AAAAUAUUUCAAAUACAAUUAAUCCUAAUCGAUCAUUAAUUGAAUAGCAUAGUAACCAAAUAAUCUUAUGAAAAACAAAUUAUUUACAAAUAAAAACAGAUUAACAAUACACCAGCGGAGAAAUGGAGAAGAAUCUUUACUCAUGUGAUGUAUGUGAAAAGUCGUUCAGCCAAAGUAGCCAUUUGACGCUCCAUCGACGCACACACACUGGCAAAAAACCGUACGAGUGCGAUGUAUGUGACAAGUCGUUCAGUAAAAAUAGCAAUUUGACGACACAUCGACGUACACACACUGGCGAAAAACCGUAUUCGUGCGAUGUAUGUGACAAGGCCUUCAGUGAAAGUGGGAAUUUGACGAGACAUCGACGCAUACAUACUGGCGAAAAACCGUACGCUUGCGAUAUAUGUGACAAGUUUUUUGCUGAAAGUAGCACAUUAACGAGUCAUCGACGGACCCACACUGGUGAAAAACCGUACGCAUGCGACGUAUGUGACAAGUCGUUCAGUGAAAGUGGCGGUUUGACGACACAUCGACGUACACAUACUGGUGAAAAACCGUACGCUUGCGAUAUAUGUGACAAGUUUUUUGCUAAAAUUGGCACAUUAACGAGUCAUCGACGAACCCACACUGGUGAAAAACCAUACGCGUGCGAUGUAUGUGACAAGACGUUCUCUAAAAGUGGCACAUUGACAAGACAUCGUCGCACACACACUGGUGAAAAACUGUACGCAUGCGACGUAUGUGACAAGUCGUUCAGUGAAAGUGGCGGUUUGACGACACAUCGACGUACACAUACUGGUGAAAAACCGUACGCUUGCGAUAUAUGUGACAAGUUUUUUGCUAAAAUUGGCACAUUAACGAGUCAUCGACGAACCCACACUGGUGAAAAACCAUACACGUGCGAUGUAUGUGACAAGACGUUCUCUAAAAGUGGCACAUUGACAAGACAUCGUCGCACACACACUGGUGAAAAACUGUACGCAUGCGACGUAUGUGACAAGUCGUUCAGUAUUAAUAGCAGUUUGACGGUUCACAACCGGAUGCACAUUCCACACUGACUGGAUCGAUCAAAUACCUAUGACCCAAGGCUCUUAUUCGAAUAGGAUAAAUCAUAUUAAUAUAUUAUUAUGUUAGCACUGUUGAAGUGUUCAUUUUGUGAUGUUCAUAAUUCAAAUAAAUUAAU